UCUCUCAGCACAGACAUUCCCUCCCACCUCAGCGCUGAGCCUGUUUUCCCCCCUGACAUAAGAUUUGGACUUGAAAUAACUUCACAGCGAGCUCAGAUGAGGCUGGUCUCCCAGAGCGGACAGAGUGGGGGAACUGGCACUUUAGAGCUGGGCACAGCAGCCUGCACAACUCAUUGUUUGGAUUGCCACAUAUAAGGGAUUGCGGUUCAAGAAAAUAUUCCUUUAAAAGAGAUCUGCUGUAAGAGACAUCACAAGACAUACGGAAAAGAGAGAGAGGACCAUGCAGAUACUACAGGUCCUUGGAGUAGUAAUCACAGGGUUGGUCGCAUUGGUUAUUUCCCAGCAACCCGAUCAACAACAUGGCUGUUCUCAAGGCAGCUGCUAUCCAGCUACAGGGGACUUGCUUGUAGGCCGAGAAGAUAAACUCAAAGCCUCAUCAACGUGUGGUCUUCACAGAGCGCAGCCUUACUGUAUUGUCAGUCACCUUCAGGAUGAAAAGAAAUGUUUUGUUUGUGACUCCCGGCGACCUUAUAACCGCUUGUAUAAUCCUAUCAGCCACCGAAUAGAGAAUGUCAUUACGGCCUUCACUGCCCAUCGCAAGAAAGCAUGGUGGCAGUCUGAAAAUGGUGUUCCUGAAGUCACGAUACAGUUGGAUCUGGAGGCUGAAUUUCAUUUCACGCAUCUCAUCAUGACCUUCAAGACAUUUAGACCUGCAUCCAUGCUUGUUGAGCGCUCAGCAGACUUUGGUCGUACCUGGAAUGUCUACCGUUACUUUGCACAAGACUGCGCGACUGCCUUUCCGAACGUGUCUCGAAAUACCCAGAGGAAGGUUGAUGACGUUAUUUGUGAGUCUCGUUACUCUGACAUUGAGCCGUCUACUGAAGGAGAGGUUAUUUACAGAGUUCUGGAUCCAGCUAUUCACAUCCGAGACCCAUACAGCCCUAAUAUACAAAACCUCCUGAAAAUUACCAACCUCAGGAUUAACUUUACCAAACUGCACACACUGGGGGACAACCUGCUCGAUUCCCGCGUGGAGAUUAAGGAGAAAUACUACUAUGCCCUGUAUGAGCUUGUGAUACGCGGGAACUGCUUCUGCUACGGUCACGCAUCCGAAUGUGCUCCCAUUCAAGGAGUCUCCACAGAUACAGAGGGCAUGGUACAUGGGAGAUGUGUCUGCAAACAUAACACAAAUGGACUGAACUGUGAAAAGUGUGACAACUUCUUUAAUGAUCUUCCCUGGAGACCGGCAGAAGGACGUAGCACAAACGCAUGUAAAAAAUGCAACUGUAACAAUCAUUCCCGAAAAUGUCACUUUGACAUGGCCGUAUACCUGUCCACCAGAAACGUGAGUGGUGGAGUAUGUGAUGAUUGCCAACACAAUACGAUGGGUCGGAACUGUGAGCAGUGCAAACCAUUCUUUUAUAAAGAUCCAACCAAGGACAUCCGAGACAGUACUGUUUGCAGAGCCUGCGACUGUGACCCAGAUGGUUCCCUAGACGGAGGUCUAUGUGACACCCAAGAUGAUCCAGUUUUGGGUCUUAUUGCUGGCCAAUGCCGGUGCAAAGAUUUUGUGGAAGGGCCAAGGUGUGACAGGUGCAAGGCAGGAUUCUUUGGACUGAGUGCAGACAACUUCCAAGGAUGUCAAAGAUGUCUGUGUGACCGCAGAGGGACUGUGUCUGAUGGUUCCCAGUGUGAUCCAAUCAGUGGAGACUGUUUCUGCAAACGCUUUGUAACUGGACGAAGUUGCAACCAAUGCCUUCCAGAAUACUGGGCUCUCAGCAAUGACCUCCAUGGAUGCCGGGCCUGUGACUGUGAUAUUGGGGGAGCAUGGGAUAACCACUGUGCUAGUGAGACUGGGCAGUGCCGUUGCCGAAGUCAUAUGGCCGGAAGACAAUGUAAUCUGGUGAAAUCUGGCUAUUACCGCAUCAACUUGGAUCAUUAUACCUACGAAGCGGAGCUGGCUUUGCACAGGCAGGGAUGCUCUGUAUCAGAAAGGGAACGUCCUCUUGGCCGUCCUGCCACCUGGACUGGUCCUGGUUUCGCUCUUGUUCCUGAAGGAGGGGUUCUAGAAUUCCAAAUCAGCAAUGUCCCCUAUUCUAUGGAAUAUGACUUGUUGAUACGUUAUGAACCCAAGCUUCCCAACAGGUGGGAACAGGUGAAGAUAUCUGUGAUUAGACCAGGGCCGAUUCCAUCCAGUAGUCCUUGUGGUAACACCAUCCCAUCUGAUGAUCUGAUGACUGCAUCCCUGCCUCCUGGUUCAAGGCACGUGGCCAUGGUUCAACCAAUCUGCUUGGAACGUGGAGUCAGUUACACCAUCCGCUUGGACUUCACCAGAUAUAGUUUUCGAGAGCAGAUAUUGGGAGCCAGUAUACUUAUUGAUUCGAUAGUGUUGAUUCCCCGCUACUCCUCCUUGGAAAUGUUCAUAGGGGGAGAUCCUGCAUCUAUUCAUCGCAAAGAAACCUUUGAGCGCUAUCAUUGCCAUAGCAACAGUGUCAGUGUUUUGAAAUCCCCUACCACUGAAGUGUGCUCAAGCUUGAUCACAAGCAUGUCAGCUAUCAUUCAUGAUGGAGCACUUUCUUGUAGCUGUGACCCUCAAGGAUCGUUGAGCUCAGAAUGUGACCCUAAUGGUGGACAGUGUCAGUGUAAAGCUAAUGUUAUUGGACAACACUGUGACAAAUGUGCACCUGGAACCUACGGCUUUGGGCCAGCUGGAUGCAAAGCCUGUGAAUGCAGCGCAGAAGGCUCCACACACAAUUUCUGUGAUCAGUACAAUGGACAGUGCCCUUGCCGCCCUGGAGCUUUUGGACCCCGAUGUGACCGCUGUCAACCUGGACACUGGGGCUUCCCAAACUGCCGUCAGUGUCAGUGCAACGGCCAUUCUGAAGAGUGCGAUCAGAGGACAGGGACAUGUCUAAACUGUCGUGAUCACUCCGCUGGAGAUAGAUGUGAAAGGUGUAUUGCUGGGUUUUUUGGAAAUCCCCUCCUUGGUUCUGGAGAUCACUGUCGGCCUUGCCCUUGCCCUGAGGGACCCAACACUGGAAGGCAUUUUGCAGUUUCCUGCCACCAAGAUCCUCGUUCAAGACAGGUGAUUUGCAACUGUAACCAAGGCUACACAGGAUCUCGCUGUGAUGAGUGUGCUCCAGGGUUCUAUGGGAAUCCAUUCCAGAUUGGUGGUCGAUGUCUUCCUUGCCAGUGUAACAACAACAUUGAUAUGACGGAUGCUAGUUCUUGUGACCGCCGCUCUGGAAAAUGUCUCAAGUGCAAGUAUCACACAGAAGGAACAUUUUGUGAGCAUUGCCGGAGUGGCUACUAUGGAGACGCAUCAAAACGCAAUUGCAGAAAAUGUACUUGUAACUCCUUGGGAACAGAUCAGAGUCAGUGUCCGACUCAAGAUGACUGUGUGUGUAACAGGAACAAUGGUCAGUGCCAGUGCUUACCUAAUGUCAAGGGUCAAAGCUGUGACCGCUGCAGUCCUAACUAUUGGAACUUGGCCAGUGGUAAAGGUUGUGCCCCCUGCAACUGUGACCCCAACAACUCCUUCAGUCUUGCUUGUAAUGAGUUUACAGGGAAAUGUCAGUGCCGACCUGGAUUUGGUGGACCUAUGUGUACGGACUGCCAGGAGAAUUAUUGGGGAAACCCUAAUGUUCAAUGCAGAGUUUGCGAUUGUGACCAUCGAGGUAUCGAGACUCCACAGUGUAACAGAGGAACGGGCCACUGCACUUGUCGCCAGGGAGUAUCAGGUGUGCGCUGCGAUCAGUGUGCCCGUGGGUUCUCUGGCCAAUUCCCAGAUUGUCAGCCCUGUCACCAGUGCUUUGGAGACUGGGAUCGCAUUGUUCAAGACCUGGCGACUCGCACACGAGGACUAGUUCAACGUGGAAAAGACAUCCAGCAAACUGGUGUAGCAGGAAGCUACAAGAAGAAUUUCCAUGACAUAGAAUUCAAGCUUGCAAAUGCUCGGAAGAUUGUGAAGGCCCGCAAUACCUCUGUGGAGGCAGUGACAAACCUAAUUAAGAUUAUGGAUGAUCUGAGGAAUCAAAUCAAUGAAUCAACGGAGAGCCUGACGCAGCUCGAAGGAGAGCUGACCAACAUACAAGAUGAAAACUUUGAUGCCAAUCAUGAUCUUGCAGAACUAGAAAGGGAUGCUAGAAGUCUGAACGCGACUGCCAAGGAGCGUUCUCACCAGCUGGAUGUCCUAAAGAAUUCAAACUUCCUCGGUGCGUAUGACAGCAUCCACCAGUCCUACACCCAGUCAAAGGAAGCAGAUCGCUUAGCCAAUGCAUCUGCCAUUAGUGUACCCAGCCCUGUAAGUGAUUCUGCCAAAGCUCGAGGGAAAACCGAGCUAUUAAUAGCACAAAAGCGAGAUGACUUCAACCGUAAGAAUGCAGCUAACCGACGGGCUUUAAAUGAUCUGGCAGCUAAGACAGACACUCUUGAUGUAAAAAAGAUUAAUGAAAAGGUGUGUGGGGCUCCUGGAGAUCUCCCCUGCUCUGACAGUCCCUGUGGAGGAGCUGGAUGUCGGGAUGAUGAGGGCAAAAGACAUUGUGGUGGUUUAAACUGCAAUGGAGCUGUGGCGACUGCUGACAAUGCACUUGAUCGAGCACGCCAUGCAGAGGAAGAGCUUCAGAAAGCAUUGGGAGAUGUUGAAGUCUUAUUCCAAAAGGUGGCAGAAGCAAAGACAAAAGCAGACAGAGCGAAACUGAGGGCCCAGGCGACUCUAGACAGAGCUGAUGAAACAAAGGCACGAGUGGAACGCUCCAAUAAAGAGCUUCGGGAACUCAUCCAGCAAAUUAAAGACUUCCUGAGCCAGGAAGGUGCAGACCCAGACAGCAUAGAGAUGGUGGCCAACAGUGUUCUGGACCUCUCCAUCCCUGCCAAUCCACAGGAGAUACAACGUCUAGCUGAAGAGAUCAAAGAUCGAGUCAAAACUCUUUCCAAUGUAGACUCCAUAUUGGAUCAGACAGCUGCUGAUGUACAGAAGGCUGAGCAGCUGUUAAAUGAUGCGAAAAGAGCUAAGAGCCGAGCCGAGAAUGUAAAAAACACAGCUGAGAAUGUGAAAAAAGCCUUAGAUAAUGCCAAGAGAGCACAGAGUGUUGCUGAAGGAGCCAUCCGUAGUGCCACUGAUGACAUCAAAGAAACAGAAGUGAAGUUAACAGCAAUCCAGUCAGCAACAUCAAAUGCUGAGAAUAGCCUCAACGAUGCCAUGGAUCGAGUCGGACAAUUGGAUAAACAAAUCGAUGCACUCAAAGUGAAGCGGGCCAGCAAUAGUUUGGCAGCCACUCGCGCAGAAGAUGCCGCUAGUGCAGCUCUUGAUAAAGCCAAUGAUGCCAAAAAGGUACUGGAUGGGCAACUUGAAGACAAAUAUACAACAGUGCAGAAUCUUGUUGAAAGGAAAGCAAAAACCAUAAAAGACGCCAAAAACAAAGCAGAUCGGCUAAGAAAUGAAGCCAAGACAUUAUUAGACAAUGCUCAGAACAAACUGAGAACAUUGCAAGACCUCGAAGUUGCAUAUGAGAAAAACGAGAUUCUUCUGCAAGAGAAAGCAAAACAGCUUGAUGGCCUCGAAGACAAGAUGAAAGAAAUUCUCAGUGCAAUCAACCAACAAAUUCAGAUCUAUAAUACCUGCUCAUAGACCUUUAAUCUUAAUAAACAUACCAAUAAAGAAUAUCUAUCUAUAAGAA